AUGGAGGAAAAUAUAGGAAAAGAGAAUGAGUCACUUGCAGUUCUGCUGGCUGUACUUGUGCUUUGGUUUAUGCCUGAAACAUUGAUUAGAGAAGAUGAUGUAUACUAUGACAAUGUCAGGUCCUUUGUCGAAAGGGGUUUUGGAGUUCAAAGCUUGGUAAAAAAUCAGGAAGUUAUAAAGGAUGUGCCAUCCUUUGAUUCUCAGUAUCUAUUGAACAAUCUAUCAUCCCUGCUUGAUAAAAUGACAAACAACGGAUUGUGUUGUCUUGCUGACUUGCUGACAGAGGGCUUGAUUGAGUUUGAAAAAACUAGGUGGAAAAUGAGAAAGUUAAUCAAAGAAUACCUUCCCACAUUUCUUAACAAGGAAAACCAUAAUGUUGAAAUGAGAAUGAAUCAGAUUUUCAUUCUUCUCAAUAAUCCUCAGUAUAUCCUAGGGUUGGAUAGGGUACCAGCUGAUUAUCGAACUGCUUCUGCUAGAAUGUUAGAUGAACUUGAGGAGUUGCCUCUUAAGACGCUAAAUGCAAUGCACAGGAAGCUUAAAGGUCAAAGUGGGUACAUUCCUGAGUUAGGUUCCUGUAAACAUCAGGUGAAACAUGUCUUGAUAGAUACUGUUAGGAAACGUUGUAUGAAGAUGCUAUCAGAACUGCGUGAAGGGGAAGAGUUACAGGAACCUCUGGUCAAAGCUCUGGCAGUUGCAGGCUUAACGCUAAAAUUGAUACUUGGCCGCCCCUCUGUAGUUGAAUUUCGAACAUUUGCACCUCAUAUAGAAUCCCUACAGAAUGACAUUGCAAGGGCUAUUUGUCUUCUUAAUUCUGGAAACAGUGUGUUCGUUGCUGAAAUUGAAGCAUUGCAUGAAAUCUUGCAUCAGUGGGCAGACUCUAAAGUUGAGAAUUCAAAGCAAUGGUCGUGCUUGACUAUAAGGAAUCUUUUCAUGGAUUUUCUCUUUGAGUGUGAUGAUAUGGAAAUUAUUCCAGAAUGUUUAGUGCAGGCAGUUUACUACAUUAACAAAAGAUUUUGUAAUCCAGCUUGUAGGAGCACCUCAAAGGAUGAAGUGGAACAGGAGGUGGAAUUUUUAUUAUGCUUGAGUGCUGAGACAAAGCAGGUUGUCUGGAACCUUCUACCUGGACAAGAAGUUGAUCAGGAUUUUGCUAAUGCCUACAUGGAGGUAUUAGAAGAAAGUGAUGAUGAUGAGGAUGAGAAAGGGAUUGAUCUUCCUCAAAGUUCUAAAUCAAGUUUUGAUGAUUUUAAGGGCUUAACAGAGUGUUUUGGUGAAACCAACCCCUUUAAUUUUGAUUCCCCCAUCUCUUCAGGUAAUGGAGAUGGCAGGGCUUCACUUAUUUCACCCACGAGUAAGUUAAAUAGUAGAAUGGAAUCCGUGCAUUUUGCGAGGGAUAUGUUUGAGCCCAAUGAUUCUGCCUAUUGCUCUUCUGUUUCACAAUCAAAAAU